GAUCCCGUUCCCAAUUCCCUUCGUUUUCCACUUCGAAGUCUUGGAGUGUUGGGGGCUGUUAGGGUUCGUUCCCCUUCCGUAACCCCUUUCCUGCUCCCAAGCGGCGACCGGCGAUCGUCAACGAGCGACCUUUCCGACCGGCGAGUGGAGCAUUCUAACACGAGCAUCCAAGCGCGAUAUCAGCGCUACUCAUGAAGCGACUUCGGAUUAAUUUGAAGCUAGGUUUGGGAUGGUUGAAGAUGAAUGUCGGCAGAUGUACUGUUGCCCCUGCCAUAGAUGUGUGUGGCCGUGCUGUGUAUUAUUAUUGUUGAGAUAUUUUAGCAGAUUUUGCUGUGCUUUUGUUUUGAAGUUUAUCGCUGUAUCUGAAGAGAAGCAAUGGCCAGUCUUGCCGAUUCUUUCUUGGCUGACCUUGAAGAUUUAUCUGACAAUGAAGCCCAUCUUGAUGAUGAGGAAGCUGAUGUAGCAGACAUGGAGGAGGAUGCUGAUGGUGAUAUAGCUGAUAUUGAAGCACUAAACUAUGACGAUCUUGAUAGUGUCUCAAAGCUGCAGAAGACGCAACGCUAUAAUGAUAUUAUGCAGAAAGUUGAAGAUGCACUCCAGAAGGGAUCAGAUAUAUCUAGUCAUGGAACAGUCUUAGAAGAUGAUCCUGAGUAUCAACUUAUUGUUGAUUGCAAUGCUUUAUCUGUCGACAUUGAAAAUGAAAUCAUCAUAAUCCACAAUUUUAUACGUGAUAAGUACCGCUUGAAGUUUCCUGAACUUGAAUCUCUUGUUCAUCACCCAAUUGAUUAUGCUCGGGUUGUGAAGAAGAUUGGAAAUGAGGUGGACUUGACCCUUGUCGACUUGGAGGGCCUUCUACCGUCAGCAAUUAUUAUGGUUGUUUCUGUUACAGCAUCAACUACAAGUGGCAAGCCUCUGUCAGAAGAGAACCUAAAAAAAACAAUUGAUGCAUGUGACCGAGCGCUUGAUCUUGAUAUUGCAAAGAAGAAAGUUCUUGAUUUUGUAGAGAGCAGGAUGGGAUAUAUCGCACCAAAUAUUUCUGCUAUUGUUGGAAGUGCAGUUGCAGCUAAACUUAUGGGAACAGCUGGUGGCUUGUCAGCAUUGGCAAAAAUGCCAGCUUGCAACGUUCAGCUUCUUGGGGCAAAGAAGAAAACCCUUGCUGGAUUUUCCACUGCAACCUCCCAGUUUCGUGUAGGUUAUCUUGAACAAGCUGAGAUUUUUCAGAGCACCCCUCCUUCUUUGAGGACCCGUGCUUGUAGACUGUUGGCUGCAAAAUCAACCCUGGCAGCACGGGUAGACUCAACAAGAGGAGAUCCAACGGGGAAGGCUGGAAGGAACUUGAGAGAGGAAAUCCGUAAGAAGAUUGAGAAGUGGCAAGAGCCACCCCCUGCAAAACAACCAAAACCCCUUCCAGUUCCCGAUUCAGAGCCCAAAAAGAAGAGAGGUGGUCGUCGUCUGCGGAAAAUGAAAGAAAGAUAUGCAAUAACUGAUAUGAGGAAGCUGGCUAACAGAAUGCAAUUUGGAGUGCCAGAAGAAAGUUCCCUUGGUGAUGGCCUGGGUGAAGGUUAUGGCAUGCUUGGUCAGGCAGGAAGUGGGAAGUUGCGUGUGUCAAUGGGUCAAAGCAAACUUGCAGCCAAAGCUGCCAAAAAGUUUAAGGAGAAGCCCUACGGAAGCAGUGGUGCAACCUCAGGACUGACAUCAAGUCUCGCAUUCACUCCUGUACAGGGAAUAGAACUCACGAAUCCACAGUCUCAUGGAAAUCUGCUCGGCAGUGGAACGCAAAGCACCUACUUCUCGGAGAUGGGGACAUUCUCAAAGAUCAAGAGACCUUAAUCUAGAUAUUCCAAUUCUCUUCGUUGUAAAUUUAAAAUUCUAAGUGGUUUUUUACCACCUGGAAUAUUCUAGCAGUCUUUUCGACAAAUACAACCCAAAGGAGUCGUGGCCUAGGAGCUAAUGGAGUCCCUAAUCCGUUGUAGUCCUUUUCCUGUGCAACAGUUGGGUAAGUUGGAUGCUGGGUCCGGGAUGCGAUGCUGGGUCCCAGGUGGAACUAUCCCCAUUCUAACUCUUCAAAGAGUGGUGGUUGCACAACGACAGGCUAUAUGAUAGCCGUUGAGAUUACUAGGGUGGACGUGGGUGGGUCAUGAGAGUGUUUCUGUGAGGACCCCGGUGAUACAUAGCUUCACCAGAAACUUGCAUGGUUGAUGUGUUAGUUUCUUGUUUCGCUGGAUGAUUGCCAUUGUAAACUAUCUACCUGUCUGAAGCAAGAGGGAAAGCAAGAGAUCAGAUUGGUUACUUCUUGUAACAAAUGUCAAAUCAGUUCUUUAGUCAUUACUUGUAGACAAUGGUAACAUGAAUGGGACACAUAAAUGUGAUCGUUGAGCA